UGACCGAGAGGCUUUCUAAAGAAGCCUUGUUGGCCAAUGACUUCGUUACGCACAAACUUUUUUCGUACUUUUGGUAAUUUUGCCAAAGAUCUUUUGCUAGUGUUUUAAAUAGCUCAUCAAUCAUAAUGUACUUUUGCUGAAUAUUUCCGGACAAAACUAAAGAGAGAUUAUGUGAUGAUCGGGUUUGGUAUUAUCAAAAUCAUUGCCAUUGCAACUUGGAGUACAACCAAAAAGACUAACAAUGAGUGAUUUGCGCAAGUGAGAUGCACGAAUGAAGCAACUUGAGAAGAAGUUGGAACGUAGAAUUUUUUGCAUGAAUCAUUGAUAGCAUUCCCAUAAAAUCCAAACCAUGACAAAUUAUAUUAUUCAACUGAGUAAUGACUAGACUCUACAUGAUAGAAAUUAAGCAGAUUCUUUGAGUUGGAACGAGUGGAUUCAAAAUUACGAAGCAUAUUAUAGUUAUUUAAGAUUUAUAAGAUUUAUAGUUAUUUAGUACUUCUCAAGUAUGGUUCACACUUGAACAAAACAAAUGUUAUAAAGUCAACAUGCAUGUAUCAUUUACUUUUAGCGUAAGCUAAGUGUCAAUGGAGUGUGCCACUGGAGUAAAAAUAACGAAACAAUGACUGAAAUCACGCAAGUAAGAUCAAAAGAAGCAACCUAAAAAAUUAAAUAGCUGUAGAACACAUGCCCUAAUUAUAUAUUUGAUUCGAAUUACUUCUUAUACACACAACCACUAAGUUAAAGCCUUGGUGAUUGCAAGGACUCAUCAAUGCAAAAGGAAAAGAUUUGAAAGAUGGAGGGAGAAACCAAAAGUCUCGUCAUAGUAUGUGUUUCUGCGAUAAUUUAUACAUCUUACUGUUACUACAUAUCAACCAGAAUCAAAGCUGGAGUUUUUAGGCUAAUCUGUGUUCUUCCCGUUUGUGCUUUGUUUCAUAUUUUUCCUAUGUUUUUCUCUACUCUUCAUAUCUCCUGUUCUUUAUCUGUUAUCCUUUCAUGGCUCGCUGGUUUUAAACUCAUACUCUUCUCUUUCGAUCAAGGUCCUCUUUUCCCACUUCCCCCAAAUAUCUUCCGAUUCAUUUGCUUCGCUUGCUUGCCCAUCAAGGCCCAACAAAACCCUAAUUCUAAAACUCAAUUUCCCAAAUGGGUUUUCCCCAUCAAAGUUGCCAUAUUUGGUGUGGUGUUACAUAUGUAUGACUACAAACAAUAUAUGUCUCCAGUUGUGCUAUUGGCUAUAUAUCCUCUGCAUAUAUAUUUGGAGCUAGAAAUUGUUUUGAUGCUCGUCAAACUUUUGGUUUUUAUCAUUCUUGGGUGUGAUCUAGAGCCGCAGUUCAAUGAACCAUACUUAGCCACCUCUCUUCAAGACUUCUGGGGUCGCCGGUGGAACCUUAUGGUCACGCAACUUCUUAAGCCGGCUAUAUACAUCCCCGUGCGGCGGCUUUGCAAUGGCCGAAUGAGCUCCGAUCAUGCUAGAUUUUUGGCGGUUAUGGCGACGUUUAUCGUCUCUGGUGUAGCCCACGAGGUGUUCUUUUUCACUUUAACCUUUGAGAUGCCUACAGGAGAAGUGGCUUGUUUCUUUGUGUUGCAUGGAGUUUGCACUGCCGCUGAGAUAGCUGCGAAGAGGACCGAGUUUGUGCGGCGGUGGAGGGUGAGUCCAACAGUGUCGCCGCUGUUUACGGUGGGAUUUGUGGUUAUGACGAGUGGUUGGUUGCUUUUCCCUACGGCUGCAAGAAGCAACAUGCUGGAGAGAGCCGCUAAUGAAGCCUUGUUGUCCAUUGAUUUCUUCAAGCGCACGUUUUUAUACUUAUAAUAACUUGUCCAAUCAUGAUUUAUGGAUUUAUGUGCUUCUGGAUUAUCAA